CCGCUCCCGGCCGUCGGCGUCUCCUCGCUGGGCCGCGGCCUCCUGAGCCGCCAUUUACGCGGAGCCUGCACGAUUGAAUGUUUAAACAUGUAAAAGCGGGUAUGGAAUAGGAAGCUGUGCAGGUUUGACCACUGGUUGAGCCCAUAUGGUGAAAGCAUUCAGUUCUCCAGGUCAGCAAGUAUACAUGAAGCUCAGGAUCUGAACCUGCUAUGACUGACCCAGACGUUCUCACUGAGGUCCCAGCAGCUCUCAAACGCCUUGCCAAAUAUGUGGUGCGUGGCUUUUAUGGCAUUGAACAUGCUUUGGCUCUGGACAUUCUCAUCAGGAACCCCUGUGUGAAGGAAGAGGACAUGUUAGAGCUCCUUAAGUUUGAUAGGAAGCAGUUGCGGGCUGUCCUCAACACCCUCAAGGGUGACAAGUUCAUCAAAUGCAGGAUGAGGGUAGAGACAGCUCCAGAUGGCAAAACCACCCGUCAUAACUACUACUUCAUCAACUACCGCCUUCUGGUUAACGUGGUGAAGUACAAGCUAGACCACAUGAGGAGGAGGAUUGAGACAGAUGAGAGAGACUCCACCAAUCGUGCCUCUUUUAAAUGUCCCAUUUGCUUCAGCACCUUCACAGACUUGGAGGCCAACCAGCUGUUUGACCCCAGGACAGGAACUUUCCGAUGUACUUUCUGUGAGACUGAAGUGGAAGAAGAUGAGUCGGCAAUGCCUAAAAAGGAUGCAAGGACACUGGUGGCAAGAUUCAAUGAGCAGAUUGAGCCCAUUUAUGCCCUGCUUCGUGAGACAGAAGACGUUAAUUUAGCCUAUGAAAUCCUGGAGCCAGAACCCACAGAGAUCCCUGCCCUGAAGCAGAGCAAGGAGCGUGCAGCUGGUCCUGGUUCAGGGACAGCAGCUGGUCUUGCAGGUGGACACCAUCGGGAAGCAUGGACUACAAAAGGACCAUCAUAUGAGGACUUGUAUACCCAGAAUGUUGUCAUCAACAUGGAGGACCAGGAAGAUAUCAGUCGGUCUGCAGGUGAAGGAAGACCAGCCAGAGAAAGGCCAAUUUGGUUACGGGAGAGCACGGUGCAGGGGGCUUAUGACCCUGAUGAAAUCAAAGACGGGGGCAGGGAUCUGGAUGCCUUCCAGGAGCGUGAGGAGGGCCGGGCAGCUCUGGAUGAUAACGAGGAGGUGAUGCGUGCCCUGCUCAUCCACGAGAAGAAGACCCCUUCUGCUUCAGCAGUCACUGUCGGAGGCGGCGCUCCUCUCUCCGGUCCCAACGCUAGUGACUCCGAGAGUGAGACAAGCGAGUCGGAGGAGGAAUCCCCUCCCCGCCCUCCCACAACGGCCACCUCAAUGUACGGGCUGGAGGAUGAGGAUGAGGAUGAAGAGUUCGAGGUGGUGGCAGAAGACCCCACUGUGACGGUGGCUGGGCGCCCACACUCGUACAGCCAAGUGAGCCAGCGCCCUGAGCUGGUGGCCCAGAUGACGCCGGAGGAAAAAGAGGUUUACAUAGCCAUGGGGCAGCGCAUGUUUGAGGACAUGUUUGAUUAACUGCUGUCCCGCCAUGGUGUUUUUCAACAAGUGACUUUUUAAGCCAGAAACUCCCUAGUGAAACACAAGACUGAAGCGCACCUUUCCUCCCCUGUGUGCAGGGACACUGGCGCUUGGGACUGCUAAUCUCAGGUAUCUUGCUUACCAGAGUGGGGGAGCAGGAAGGCUGCAUGUGCCAAACCGUGGGGUAGGACAAGUCUCAGAAGUGAGGAUGAAGAUGAAAAUCUGCUUCAGGGUGCCCUGCACAGGCACUGCUUUAACCUUCUCCGAGGCCCCAGCAGCUGCCUCCCCCCAGUUGCUUUGAGUUGAUUCUUACUGCAGAUCCUAUUGAAGUCCAGAUCCCUGUCCACAGAGGAUGAAAGGGCUCUGUAGUCUGAUCAGAGUGCUCUGCAGAGGAGGACAUAAAUGAAAUUAUACUGCCCGUGCUCAGUGAGGAUUGAGGAGAGGGAAGCGCUUAUCUGCUAAUGGCAAGCUUGGGCAGGGCUUGUUAGCUGAGCUCCUACCAGCCACUGGCCACCAGAGUGGCUCUUUCUAAGCAGGCCUGUAGGUAGCAACCUUUUCUUGCUUCCUAGGCCCCUCAGGGCCACUCUUUGUCAGUGUGAUAGAAGCCCUUUGUGGGCUUUAACUCUCUGAGCACUCUGGCUUAUCAGGAGAUACCUUAACUUCCCAGUAUUGCUGCCUGUUGCUUCUGCCUAGCCCUGUCCAAACUCCAGUGUUGCAGGCGGUUCCUAGUGGUCAGGUCUGCAGCCAGGCAGUGCCAGAGGAACAGCCUGGCUACUUUAUAUUUGCAGUCACACCAGGGCUAUCUCAUUUUAAGAGGAAUUAUGCAAUUCCGAAUUCUGCUUGGGCACGCCCUUUCCCCAUAGAACUCCAUGAAUCAGUGCCUACGGAGCAAUAGCAGGUUUGUAAUGUUUUUCUCUUCCAAUUGACAAUGGUUUUUCAGUAUGGGUGUGCUUUCCUAUCAAGUACUGCAGUAAAGCAAACUGAUAUCAGGGUUUGUGUUUCAGAGGGCAGAGGCAGUGUUAUGUGCUAUUCCACUUCCCAUGGGCAGCACCCAUCCACUAUUCACUGAGACUAAAUUUGUUUUAUACCCUCGGCUUUCUGUGUUCUGCUGACCAUGUAAUGCCUCCUUCGUGGUUUUAUUUCCAGCUUCUGGACACUCUGAAUCCCCUCUUUUUUAAAAUAGGACAUAUUUGCUUUUAAGCUGUUUUAAGAGGAACAAAUAAACAGAAACUUCUCCCCUUUGUCAUUA